AUGCGCCCGCUCUCUUUGAAAGGUCAUGAGCGUGCCCUCACGAGGGUCCGCUUCAAUCGUGAAGGCGAUUUGCUUUUCUCGGCAGCUAAAGACAAGAAACCUUGCGUUUGGUAUACGGAGAAUGGAGAAAGAAUUGGUAAGGUUUUCAAGUUUUUCUCUUCAUUUAUGCUUUUGAAGGGUCCUACGAUGGCCAUAAUGGAGCUGUAUGGGAUAUCGACGUUUCCUGGGAUACAAGUUCUCUUGUUUCAGCAGCUGCUGAUAACUCUGUCAAGGUUUUUAAAUAUUUCUCUUCGAAGACGUCUGACUUUUUCUUCAGCUUUGGGACUGUGAAAAAGGUGUUUGUCUGGCGACUAUUAAUACUCCAACGCCCGCCAAGUCCUGCAAUUUCUCCUAUUCUGGUUUUUUCCCCGAAAGUAAAGUAAUUUAUAAUUUAUUUUGAGGUAACCUGAUAUCUUAUACGACUCUCAAGAUGACCAAGAACCUUUCAACGCUGCAAGUUCGAGAUAUUCGCGACCCCGCUCAAAUGUCUGAAGCCAAUGAACCUGCUUUUUGCGCUCAAUUUGACGUAUCGGCAAACACAAGUAUUUUCAGCAAUCUUGACGAAGAAGUGAGUUACUCUGAACUUUAGAAAAAAAACGAAAAAAAAACGUUCAAGGUUACUAUUGGUUUCGAGUCUGGACUCAUGCUUCAGUAUGAUUUGAGAAACUCCUCAACUCAUAAGAACGCUAACGAGAACACCCACCGUGUCAGUUUAAAUAGCAUAUUCAAACAUAAUUUUUGAUUCGUUUCAGUAUAGUAUUCAAGAUCUGCAAUUGGCACCAAACAUGCUUUUCAUCGUCUCAGCUUCUCGUGACAAGACAGCGGCUCUUUUGGACGUCAACAAUUUGAACCGUCUCAAGCAGUACAAGUAGGUGUUCGAGUGCAAAAGAAAAUGCAAUCUCUCUUUACGCAUUUUCUAUCAUUAAAAUUGACCUCUCUUUAUUCUAUUAGUCGAAUUUUUAUAACAAGAAACAACUUGUCUUUCAAAAUUGAACCUUAGUGAAAUUCACUUUUCAGGUCAGAGCGACCGGUGAAUUCAGCGUGCGCAUCGCCCAACAGAGACCACAUUUGCUUGGGAGGAGGAGAAGACGCGAUGACCGUCACGCAGACUUCUGUAUCCGCUGGACACUUUGAGGCAAAAAUAUAUCACAUGGUGUUUGAAGAAGAGUUCGCCAGAUUCAAGGUCGUUAUAAACUAAGUCGAUGAUUAAUUAAUUUAUUUUUAAGGGACAUUUCGGUCCGAUCAACUCUAUGGCGUGGCAUCCGGCAGGCGACAUCAUUGCGACAGGAGGAGAAGAUGGUUACGUCAGAGUGCAAGAAUUCGACAACGACUACUCCGAAUUCAAAUACGACUUUUAA